AUGGUUGAAUGGCAUUCAAUAAACCAGACUAGUCCUGCUGACUUGGCUUAUAAAAAAUAUCUUUCACUAUUUUUUCAAACACCAUUCCAUCGUCAGUUUUUCUUUCGCCUCCUUUCUCGCGUGGAUUUCGAUUUUCUUAAACUUUUCACUCCAUAUUUCUUUUACAUUUUCUUCUUAUUUAAGAAACUUAUUUUGCCCUUUUCACAUAAAUCUUUCCCGUUUUUUUUAUCCAUUUUUUUGUCACGUGUUAUAACCACUUUCUCUACUUCUUUCCUCUCUUUUCUCCUUCCUGUUCCUCUCUCUUCAAAUCUCUCUCCGCCGCUCUGUCUUUCUAUUUACUUCUCUCUUUAUACAACCACCAGCCGACAGCCUGUUGCUGUUAUUUACACCCCUUUUCGCGAUUGUCGUUUUCGUUGGUAUUGUUUCAGUUUCUUUCAUUUUUUUAUUCAUCUUUCUUUCUUUCUUUCUUUCUUUCUUUCUUUCUUUCUUUCUUUUUUCUUUCUUUCUUUUUUUCUUUCUUUCUUUCUUUUCUCCAGAACUUUGCCAAUUUCUUUUUUAUUUUCUCAUUUUUUUUUUCUCUCUCUCUCAUACCCGGUGAGUCCAUCUCCUCUCUGUCACACCUCUACCAACUUUUCGCUGGCAUUCCAUCACACUAUCUACCUUUUUUUUCUUUUUCUUUUUUUUCUUUUUCUUUUUUUUUUUUUGUCAGUUGAUGUUUUUCUAUUCCUAUAUCUUCCUCUUUCCCUUUUCUUUCACUGGCCGCUUCCUCUUUCUCUUCUUACAACUUCUCUUUUUCUUUUACCAAGUUAUGUUUUACAAUUUAUCUUUCUCCCGUCAUUUCUUCAUCUUUUUUAUUUCUUUUAUUUCCCAAUUUUCGUUACUUCGAUCUAUUCGUAA